UCGCAAACUGCAAGCCCUUCCCCGCCCACUAAUCCCUUGGAUUUAUAUAAUGCACUAAUACACUAACAACAUCUGCUCACUUAGUUGUGGCCAUAGCAGUCGCGUAGCCGUCCUAACCAUCCAUAUUCGACCGAAUUCUACUGUGGAUAGCGGGUUUUUCGGGUCCACUUGUCCCUCGUCACCAGAGCCAUCUAUUAGGACGCACUUCACCAAAUCUCUCUGGCCAGUGUGGGAGAAACUUGCGACGAUGGCGGCUCCAGACCAAGCUAAAGACACAGCUACAAACCCAGACGGGAGGGAUUUGAGCCCUGUGGACUUCAUCCAGCUGCAGCAGUACAUGGAAUAUGGCAGUCUGAGAGUGAAAGAUGUGAUGAAAGAGUUCCAUGCAGGCGGGCGGUUGGUCCAGUACAGAUUUGGAGAGCGCAUCGAUGCAGUUGGCUUCUCUUUGUUCCUCAAGACCUAUCUGGAGGCGGAUGACUUCCCUGCUGAUUUCUGCCAACGCCUUUUCCACUACUUCCAGAAUGCAGAGCGAGACGUUUAUAUGAGGAGCCCUCCACCCAAAGGGGGUGGAGUGUACCUCAAAGAUGUGUCUUGUUACUUCUCUGUGUUGGAGGAGGGACAGCCGCGAGACAAACUGGAAUUUACUUUCAAACUUUACGACAAAGAUGGCAACGGACUCCUGGACAGCUCAGAAGUGGAUCGGAUCAUCACCCAGAUGAUGCGUGCGGCAGAUUACCUGGGUUGGGACGUGACAGAACUCAGACCGGUGCUGAAGGACAUGAUGACGGCGAUGGAUGCUGACAGCAGUGGAGCGGUAACCCUGCAGGAGUGGAUCCAGGGAGGGAUGAACAACGUGCCCCUGUUGGUGCUUCUGGGACUCAAGAUGGCAGAGAGGGACGGGCAGCACAUCUGGAGAAUGAAGCACUUCAACAAGCCUGUGUACUGCAACGUGUGUCAGAGCAUGCUGCUGGGCCUCAGGAAACAGGGCCUCUGCUGCAUCUUGUGCAAGUACACUGUCCAUGGUCACUGUGCCAACAAGAACCCUGGUCCAUGUGCCUGCACCUUUGUUAAAUCCAAAAAACAGAUUGGGAUUCCAGCUCACGGCUGGGUCAGUGCUGACUGUGACUCCAGUAAGUGUCACUUCUGCAACAAGAAGAUCAAGACCCUGGCAGGGAAACAUUGCGUGUGGUGCCAACAGAUGCGCCAUGACGACUGUGUCAACUUCGGGUCAUCAUCGUGCGACUGCGGGUUGCUACGAGACCACAUUCUGCCACCGUGGGCCAUAUACUCAUCCUCCAAGAAGGAUGAAGAAGGAAGGAGUAGUUCCAUGGAGGACACUAACCUGGAGGACAUCACCCCAGACGGGCACAUUCUGCAGAUUGCUCCUAUUCCAGACACCCACCCUCUCCUGGUGUUUGUGAACCCAAAGAGUGGAGGGAAGCAGGGGGAGAGAGUGCUGAGGAAGUUUCAGUAUCUACUGAACCCACGGCAGGUCUACAACCUCUCCAAUGGAGGCCCUGGACCAGGACUGCACUUCUUUCGGAACCUUCAUGACUACAGGAUCCUGGUGUGUGGUGGAGACGGCACAGUCGGCUGGAUUCUAGAUGCUAUAGACAAAGCUGACCUACCGGUGCGUCCCCCAGUGGCGGUCCUGCCACUUGGCACAGGGAACGACCUUGCUCGCUGCCUCCACUGGGGAGGAGGUUACGAGGGCACAGAUCUCAGAGAGAUUCUGAAGGAGGUCGAGGAGAGCUCGUUGGUUCCUAUGGACCGCUGGAGUGUGCAGGUGAUUUCAGAGGACCCCCAGGAGAUAGGAGACCCUGUGCCCAACGAGAUCAUCAAUAACUACUUCUCUAUUGGCGUGGAUGCCUCCAUUGCACACCGCUUUCACUCCAUGAGGGAGAAGCACCCUCAGAAGUUCAACAGCAGGAUGAAGAACAAACUGUGGUAUUUUGAGUUUGCCACCUCUGAGACCAUCUCCGCCUCCUGCAAGAAGCUAAAGGAGUGUCUCAGCAUUGAGUGCUGUGGGACACCCCUGGACCUGAGCGGUCACUCUCUGGAGGGCCUUGCAGUCAUCAACAUACCCAGCAUGCACGGCGGCUCCAACCUGUGGGGUGAGGCUAAGAAGGCAGACAGAGACAAUAUGUCAGAAGAGAGGUCGCCUGAGGUCGUCACUGACCACGACGUUCUGAAAAUGAGCUCACAAGACCUAAGUGACAAGCGGAUUGAGGUGGUGGGGUUGGAGGGUGCGAUUGAGAUGGGUCAGAUCUAUUCUGGGCUGAAGAGGGCUGGACACAGACUGGCUCAAACAUCACAGAUCACUAUCAGGACACAUAAAGCCUUGCCUAUGCAGAUUGAUGGUGAGCCCUGGAUGCAGCCUCCCUGCACUAUCCACAUCACACACAAGAACCAAGCCAACAUGCUGAUGGCUGCUCCUGCCAAAUCAUCAGGCUUCUUCCACCUCAAGUAGAGGAAAGGUGGGCUGCAGCACUGAGACUGAAGAGGUCCGGGGUGUAGGGUGAAGUUGCCCUUUGACACUGAUCUUGGAUCAGUUUUUCAUUUUCCCCACUAAUGGUUAACAUUUACAUUUUAGUCAUUUAGCAGACACUCUUAUCCAGAGCGACAUACAGUAGUGAAUGCAUACAUUUCAUACCAUACUUGUUUUUUUUUUUUUUUUUCUUGUCCGUACUGGCCCCCCGUGGGAAUCGAACCCACAACCCUGGCGUUGCAAACACCAUGCUCUACCAACUGAGCCACAGGUUUGGAUUGGGUGAGUGGAUGCUUAUCCUAGAUCUGUACCUAGGGGAAACUUCACCCAGGAGCAGAGGUCCACUGACUGCUGAAGGACCACUGCCAUAAAGGAACCAACAUUUGCGUAAAAACAUUCUUCAUGUCUGAAUUUCUUCCUGAAACACUAGUAGCCAUUGAUUAACAUUGAUACUCUACUCAUUUCCAUAACAAACUCAGAACUAUCCCAGGCUUGUGUUGAUUUGAGUAAGUCCCUUAAUGUUAAGCUUUAUAUUACAUUGCUAUUACAUUUUGUAUCUGUUUGUAUUAGUUAUGUAUAAUUCCAUAGUAUUCCAUGAGUUUGAUUACUUGUAUGCCUUAUUGUUAUGUCUCAGCACAGUAAUAGAUCUCCUGUUUGUUUAUCUGCUUUCUAUAGCAUUUUCACACAAAUGUUUUUGUACCCAUAUUGAUUAACGUGAUAGGCCAAUAGUCUGUGUCGCUAUAUAAUGCCGUUCACUGUCAAAUCUAAGUAUGUUUCACCUACUCAGCAAGUUUCUUGUAGAGGAUACAGCUCAGACAGCUGAGGGUAUCGUUUGCGUUGCCCGACCUCACUUAAAGGCCCAGUGCAGUCAAAUUAGAUUUUUCUGUGUUUUACAUAUAUUUACACUAUGAGGUUGGAAUAAUACUGCGAAAUUGUGAAAAUUAUGAUAAUGCCCUUUUCAUGUAGCUGUUCGAAAGACAGACUGAAAUUUCAGGUGGUUUUGAUGGGAUGCAGUGUUGGCCUGCCUGGUGACAUCAGGUAAAUUCUUUUAAAGACCAAUAAGAAAGAAUACCAAACCUCUGCCAAUAACAGCUAGUUUUCUGUUUUCCCUUUCCCACUCAAACCACUCCUAAGUCUUAGCAAAAUUCUUGCUUGAGAAAUUGCUUUUGCUAAGAAGCUAUAUAUAUAUAUUUUUUUUUAGCAUUUUGAUUGAAAACAUUCACAGUAAGGUACUUAAUUGUUACCCAGAAAUUAUUUGAUAUUGAUAUAAAAACAGCUACAUUGGGCCUUUAACACUUUGUCACAAGCAGCACUUCCUCAUUAUCACUAACCUAAUCUCUCUGCUUAGUGAGACUGCUUCCAAACCACAACUACUGAGAUGCGGUCCUCAAGAAAAAAAGAGACCUGGCUUUUCUCUUUAAAGAAAUAAAUGUAUAGCCUACA